AGGAAAAUACCAGAUGCCACUUCUCUGCAGAUUGCAUUAACUACCAUCUACUGGAUACAUUCAAAUCCUUCAGAAUCAACAAAGUAAUCAGGCAGGAAGAAGUUCAGGUCAUGGACAAUCUAACUUCUGCAGCUGGAAAUGGAAGCCUGUGUGCCAGAGAUUACAAAAUCACCCAGGUCCUCUUCCCUCUGCUCUAUAUUGUCCUGUUUAUCAUUGGACUUAUCAUGAACAGCCUGGCAAUGAGGAUUUUCUUUCAAAUUCGCAGUAAAUCUAACUUUAUAAUUUUUCUUAAGAACACAGUCAUCUCCGAUCUUCUCAUGAUUCUGACCUUUCCAUUCAAAAUCCUCAGUGAUGCCAAGCUAGGAACUGGACCCCUGAGAACCUUUGUGUGCCAAGUGACCUCCGUCAUAUUUUAUUUCACAAUGUAUAUCAGCAUUUCAUUCUUAGGACUGAUAACAAUUGAUCGAUAUCAGAAAACCACCAGACCAUUUAAAACAUCCAACCCCAAAAAUCUCUUGGGGGCUAAGAUUCUCUCUGUCAUCAUCUGGGUAUUCAUGUUCUUACUUUCUCUGCCUAACAUGAUUCUGACCAACAAGCGGCCAAAAGACAAGAAUGUGAAGAAAUGCUCUUUCCUCAAAUCAGAAUUUGGUUUGGUCUGGCAUGAAAUAGUCAAUUAUAUCUGUCAAGUCAUUUUCUGGAUUAAUUUUUUAAUUGUCAUUGUAUGUUACACACUCAUUACAAAAGAACUAUACAGGUCCUAUGUUAGAACAAGGGGCAUGGGGAAAGCCCCCAGGAAAAAGGUGAACAUCAAAGUUUUCAUUAUCAUUGCUGUGUUCUUUAUUUGUUUUGUUCCUUUCCAUUUUGCCCGAAUUCCUUAUACUCUGAGUCAAACCCGAGAUGUCUUUGACUGCUCUGCUGAGAACACUUUAUUCUAUGUGAAAGAAAGCACUCUCUGGCUAACUUCCUUGAAUGCCUGCUUGGAUCCAUUCAUCUACUUUUUCCUUUGCAAGUCCUUCAAAAAUUCCUUGAUGAGUAUGCUGAAGUGCUCCAAUUUUGUAACAUCUCCAUCCCAAGAAAACAGGAAAAAAGGACAGAAUGGCGAUGACCCAAAUGAAGAAACACCAAUGUAAACAAACUGAGGAAAUACCUCAAUCAGUUAGUGUUCUGAACACUUAAAAGGAAAGCACUAUAUAAAAAUACUAAUGCUGACUAAGAAGUAGCUGUGUUAAUAACCAUGACUCUGGAAACAACUACAGACUACAAAAGUAAUUUUACUUGCUUCUCCAGUAUUAAAAGCUAUCUUAAAAUGUAGAACAAUACUCAAACAUGUAGCUGCAGAGCAUGACAAACUAUAUCUAAUUACUAAAACGCAUGCACAGCUACACAGACAGAAUUGAUGAUUUACAGAGUUUUGGCAAAAUGGGUAAUAACUCUAUAAUAACCCCUACUAUAAUUCUUUAAAUAAUAAUAAAUUUUUGAUCACAUUAUUAUCAACCUAUUAAAAACAAACAAGGAAAGAAUGUUAUCACCAAAAGAUAUAUGUAUUAAGAUCUAAAACAGUCUAGUACCCUGAUCAAAUGUGAUACCCAUUAUAAUAAUUUAAGUGGGACAAAGAAUAUUAACUACUAAUUUUAAUUAUUGGCAAAAACCCAGUAGAUUUAAACUAAAUGAAAUGGUAAUUGUAUUAGAUUUUUAAAACUUUUCAUUAAAAGGAUAGCAGUUUAAAAAAUACCUUUCCAAUAAAAAUAGCAGAAAUCACAAAUAACCUUAAAUUUUAUUUAAUAUUAUAAGUAGCAAAUAUUAAAAUAAGUUGUUUUUGAGAUAUUCUAAUGCCAAAAACUUAUUAUUUCCUAACACUAGAGAAACCAGUUUUACUAAUAUUUUGACUUUAGUAAAUACAAUACCAUCAUUGACACUUUUAUCAACUAGCUUCUAGAAACUACUUGCUACUCGGGUAAAUGAAAAUUUCUCUUGGCAAGAAAAACAAAUUAAAUAUGAUUAUGCAGUUGCACGGCAUACCUGUUAACAGGGAAGUGAUUAAAAAUUUGGAUUUGCAUGUUUGUCAUUAGUGUA